AUGCCUGAUGAAUUGGAGGUCUGUCUCAACCGUACUGAAUUCCAUUUCAGACUUUUCGAAACUGACCAGAAUCAGGAACGGCUGAAAAGCCAUGCACGUGCCUUUGACAGUCUGUUGUCUCUCAUCCCAGCAAACCUCUACUAUGGAGGAGACGUCAGCGAUCAAUGGCAGCGCAAAAAGCAAACCCCAGAGCAAAAGAAGGCGGCGAAAAUGGCCAAAUUGGACCCCGACAAUUGGAAGAGUGCAAAAGACGUGAUGGAAGAGAGGGCUGCCGCUGCCCUAAAGCGAAAACGGACCGACGAUGAAGAAUUACAAGACGACGAGCCCCCAGUAGACGAGACACUUGGGUUAGAGGUACCCAAGGCCCUUCAAGAUGCCGAAGCCGUUGUGUCUAAAAAGCGGAAAAUCGAAGCCAAAACCACGACUGACACCAAUACCAAUACUGCACAACCCAAGGAAGAAUCAGCGGAGGACAAAAAACGUCGCAGAGCCGAGCAGAAGGCGGCGAAAAGGGAACGGAAACGAGACCAGAAAUUAAAAGCCAAAGAGAAGCUGGAAAGACAAAAGGCCAGAAAGGCGGGAGUACAGCCUGGCGAAAGCCCUGCGACUACGGCUACGGCGCCUAGAAAGACCAAGAAAGAAGUACAUCUGAAAGAGCCCAUCAAUCUGGAUGUGGAGGAGCCAAUGCCCGAGACGGCAGCUGAUGACCAUGAAUCAACUGCCUCAUCCGAGGCCGACCAGGCUGAGGAAGUCUUUUCCCCACAACACGAGUCCGCUACAUCAUCCACAUCUUCCAUCCAGCCCGCCACGAUCGACGAGACACUCGAAUCACAACAACCAGAACAAAAGCCUCACCAACAACCACCUCAACAAGCAUCUUCAGACAUCGACGCUGCUCAGCCAACAUCCUCCAACUCCAACCCGUCUCACACAUCCCAGACCCCCCGAGAACGUCUGCAAGCAGCGAUCUCACAACUCCGCGCCUCCCGAAAAGCCGAUGGAGGCGACGGCCGCGUCGCGCCCAAGAACCGCCAGGAACUACUGGAACAGCGCCGCCGCAAAGAAGAAGAGAGGAAAGCAGCGAAGAAAGAACAGAAACGACGAGAAAAGGAAGAAGAAGCCCGGCGCCAGGACGAGGAAAUAGCACGCCGCUUCUCGCCCGGCGGGUCCGGCUCUCUCCUCGCAUCCCCUCGAUCCCCUAUUCUCGGCGACAACGCCUCUGCAUCUGGAUCCGGAUCCAACGCCAACAAUAACUACAACUUCAAUUUCAGCUACGGGCGGAUCGCCUUUGAAGACGGAUCCAAAUUCGACCCCACGACCGCCGAGAUCGUGGAAGAACACAAGAAAAAGGGACCGCGGGACCCUGCGAGCGCGCUCAAAGCCGCAUUGGCCAAGAAGGAGCGUCUGACCAGCUUGGACGAGCAGAAACGCCAGGAAAUCGAGCAGAAGGAUAUGUGGCUCAACGCCAAGAAACGCGCUCAUGGCGAACACGUUCGCGACGACACGAGUCUGUUGAAAAAGGCCCUGAAGAGACAACAGGGCCAGAAGAGGAAGAGCGAGCGCGAGUGGAGUGAGCGCCUGCAGGGUGUGCAGAAGGCACAGGAUGCAAGGCAGAAGAAACGCACCGAGAAUCUGGCCCGGAGGAAGGACGAGAAGAAGUCUUCCGGUGGCGGUGUUAAAAAGGACAAGAAAGUCAAGAGACCUGGCUUUGAAGGCAGUUUCAAGGGCCGGACUGGUGGGAAACGCAAGUCAUGA